CGUCUUUGUACAGGUCUCAGCAGCUGCAGGAGGGCUUUACGUGGAUCCAUGGCUGGUGUUAGGGUUGAGAUGUUACUGGUGCUGACUGUGAUGCUGCUGCUUGUUCCAGUAAAGGGAUGGGAACAUAUCAAUGGCACUCAACUUGUUAAUUCUGACGAGUCGGGGCAAUUGAAUGACCCACAAAACGUUACAGAUGACAGCAGCUACUUUGCCAGUGAAGAAGAAUUUCCUGAGGAUGUACUUUUUAAAGUUGGAGGUGCCUCCACUAGUGAAACUGUCAACCCUUUUGCUGACCAUGGAUUCCAGAUAGACACAGUAGAUGCCCCUUUGAGGAAUUGGACCAGCCAUAGUUCUUGUGUGUUAGAAGUGGUUUGUAGUGAUGUUGGCUUCCAGAUUACUCUCCUGACUGUUUCAUUAAGUGAAAUCACAAUUUUGGACUUGGACUCAAAGGAAUUAUCUGUCAUGGAUGCUCCCAAAUCUUGUGGCUAUGAAGUGGAUCCUUUCCAGAACACCUUGAGUGUACCCUUUACUGGCUGCAAUGUGAAACAUACUGAUGGCUACAGCCUGCAGUUGUUGUAUGUAGAUAAGACCGGUCAGAGACAAGUUGCUACUGCAUCUUGUGAGAAAAAUCCAAAGUUUGGCCCUCGCUUCAAUGGCAAAAACAGGGGCCAACUUCCCUUGGAGGAGCGGUUGACUUGUGGUUGUAUAGGAAUAUCUGCCUCAGACUGUGAGGAGAGGGGAUGCUGUGUGUCUUCUUCUGACUGUUACUACCCACUGGAUGAGUGCACUGCAGGCAACUUUGUUUUUGCCAUUCGCUUCAACUCUACAUCCAUCCCUUUGGACCCCACCAAGCUCAUUAUUCCCGGGAGUCCAAAUUGUAAACCAGCCAUUGUUAAUGACAAGGUUGCCAUCUUUAAGUUUAAAGUUACAGAAUGUGGAGCUCGUGCUUUUGAAGUUGGUGAGACAACUAUCUACCUGACUGAAGUGCAAUCUGUUGUCCAAACUUGGAAUCUCAAAUAUGGCAUAAUAUCAAGAAGCGACUAUUUCAAGUUCAUGAUUGAAUGCCGCUACAGCAAAUCACAGGCCAGUCCUCUGGAGCAACUGGCCCAUGUUUCCUACAUGGUCAAGACCCCGUGUUCCAGCUUGCCAUUGUCUAUUAUCUCAGAUGGCUUAUAUGGUGUUACACUAAGAAUUGCUCAGGAUGAGACUUAUUCAAGCUACUUCCCUACUUACCAUCAGCCCUUGAGAAUGCUCCUUGGCAAGCCAGUGUAUCUUGAACUGCUCCUGAAGUCUCCAAAACCAGAUGCAGUACUUAUUGUGAACUACUGUUUAGCUUACCCUCGCUCUGCAAAGAAUGCUCUGGUGCUCAUUUUUGAAGGGUGUGCCAAUCCUCAUGAUCCAACUGUGUCUAUACUUAAAGUCAGUGGCCUUCCCCAAAAUCGUUACCAAAGGCGCUUUGUGGUCCAGGCUUUUCAGUUUAUGGAUCAAAAGACAAACCAGUACCUUGACGAAGAAAUCUAUUUUAUGUGCUCUACAGAAGUUUGUCGGACAGACGAAAAGACUUGUAAAGAACGGUGUUUUGAUGGAAAGGAAUAUUCCAGUGUUGGAGAGGAUUCCUCAGAAGAAGAGACCUACUUACCACAUGGGAGGGAACCAUCUGAUGGCCAGUCAACCUGUUGGGGACUGGGUAAACAUUAGUGAAAUGCUACUUGGACCUGAAUACAUAAGUGUUUGCGUGUACUUGAAAUGUAUGCAAUAAAGUAUAUUGUGACCAUGGUA